GUUCCAUCGGGAUUUUUAGCGACGAAAAUCAAAAGCCGGAUCCGACGAUCUUCUUCUCCGGCCACCACACCGUCGGGUUUCCAGCAAAAAAGAAAGAUUGUUUUCUCGAUCAAGAGCAUUUUUUUCAGCGGAAGUCCAACAGAAAUAUUUACCGACGGCGGAUGACCUGAAUUUCCACAAUCCCUGCCUCCGGCGGCGACGACUACCAACAAGACUUCCUCUCUCCACUAAUCGAAUUUCACCGAAGCCACGAGAAUGGGGUCGGAUAACAACACCGGAAUGGAGCGGAGGCUACUCGUGUCCCCGAAGUCACGAUCGGACGGCGGCGACGAGUCCUCCGCCGCCGGCGACGGCGCCCUGACGUGGAGCGUGUUCAUCCAGGAGCUGAAGCGGCUGGGCUACAUAGCCGGGCCGAUGGUGGCGGUGAAUCUCUCCCAGUACCUCCUCCAGGUGAUUUCCCUGAUGAUGGUUGGACACUUGGGGGAGCUGGAGCUCUCCAGCACCGCCAUAGCCGUUUCUCUCUCCAGCGUCACCGGUUUCAGCGUCCUCCUAGGAAUGUCAAGUGCACUGGAAACUUUGUGUGGGCAAGCAUUUGGAGCCGGGCAAUAUCGAAUAGUUGGAACUCAAACUUACACUGCCAUCUUCUGCUUACUACUGGUCUGCGUUCCCCUGUCCAUCCUGUGGGUCUACAUGGAGAAGAUACUGCUUCUCGUAGGGCAAGAUCCCGCCAUAUCGCACGAUGCUGGGAAAUUCCAGAUGUGGCUCAUACCUUGUCUCUUCUCUUACGCAAUGUCUCAGCCCAUCGUUCGGUACCUCCAAGCACAAAGCUUGAUCGUCCCCAUGCUUAUAACUGCUGUGGUUACCCUUUGUUUCCAUGUUCCUGUCUGCUGGGCUCUAGUGUUCAGGACUAGGCUGCAGUACUUGGGAGCAGCAUUGGCAAUGUGUUUGUCGAAUUGGCUGAGCUUUGCUACGCUUGCACUCUAUUUCAAGUUCUCCCCUUCCUGUGCCAAAACUAGGGUCCCCAUUUCGAUGGACUUGUUCCAUGGCAUUGGCGAGUUCUUUCGCUUUGCCAUCCCUUCAGCAGUAAUGAUCUGCCUGGAGUGGUGGUCGUUUGAGCUUCUGGUUCUGCUUUCGGGCCUCCUGCCAAAUCCUGCACUUGAAACUUCGGUCCUAUCAGUCUGUCUCACAACAAUUGCAACCUUUUACUCAAUACCAUAUGGACUUGGUGCUGCAGCAAGCACUAGAGUCUCAAAUGAGCUAGGCAGGGGCAAACCAGAGCUGGCACGUAUAGCAGUACGUUCAGUGAUGUCUGUAGCAGUGGCCGAGGCGCUUCUAGUGAGCAUUACCCUCUUUGCAUGCCGUCAUGUCUUUGGUUACAGCUUCAGCAAUGAAAAGGAAGUGAUAGACUAUGUCACAAGGAUGGCUCCCCUGAUUUGCUUGUCAGUUAUAAUGGACAGUUUGCAAGGGGUUCUCUCAGGAAUUGCAAGAGGUUGUGGAUGGCAGCACAUAGGAGCUUACAUCAACCUCGGCGCAUUCUAUCUCUGCGGCAUUCCUGUUGGCGUUCUAUUGGGUUUCAGGACAAACAUGAGAGGGAUGGGACUUUGGAUUGGAGUUCAAGUUGGUGCAUUUACACAAACGCUUCUGCUCUUCAUCGUUACAAUAUGCACCAACUGGGAAAAACAGGCAUCCGCAGCCGACGAUGAUAAUGACGACGCCGCCGACGGAUGGGUCUCCGGCGGCGGCGGCGGGACGGCGGCGAUGACGUCGAGGGUGUUGUUGGACGAGCUGAAACGAGUAGGUUACCUAGCCGGUCCGAUGGUGGCCGUGAAUAUGUCGCAGUAUUUGAUUCAGUUCAUAUCUCUGAUGAUGGUGGGACAUCUGAGCGAGCUCGAACUCUCCGCCACCGCCAUGGCCGUCUCUCUCUUCACCGCUACCGGUGGCAGCGUUCUGAUAGGAAUGUCAAGCGCGCUGGAAACGCUCUGCGGCCAAGCCUACGGCGCCGGACAGUACCGGAAGCUCGGAACCCAAACCUACACGGCCGUCUUCUGCCUCCUCUUAGCCUGCAUCCCCUUAACCCUCCUCUGGCUCAACAUGGAGUCCAUCCUCAUCUUCGUGGGCCAGGACCCAACCAUCUCCCACGAGGUCGGCAAGCUCCAGAUCUGGCUCGUCCCGUCUCUCUUCGCCUACGCGCUGGCCCAGCCCAUUCUCCGCUACCUCCAGGCCCAGAGCCUGGUCGCGCCCAUGCUCACGACAGCUGGCGUCACGGUCUGCUUCCACGUGCCGCUCUGCUGGGGGCUGGUGUUUAAAAGCGGGCUGAGGAACGUCGGGGCGGCGCUGGCCAUGUGUUUGUCGAACUGGCUGAGCUUUGUGAUCCUUGCCUUGUACGUCAAGUGUUCUCCCUCGUGUGCCAAGACUAGGGUUCCGGUGUCGAUGGAGCUGUUUCGGGAUAUCGGUGUGUUCUUUCGAUAUGCCGUCCCUUCCACAGUCAUGAUCUGCUUGGAAUGGUGGUCGUUUGAGCUUGUGGUGCUGCUUUCUGGUCUCUUGCCAAACCCUGAGCUUGAGACCUCAGUCCUCUCAGUAUGUCUAAACACCAUUGCAACUCUAUACUCAAUACCAUUUGGACUAGGUGCUGCGGCCAGCACUAGAGUGUCAAACGAGCUAGGACGUGGCAACCCAGAAGCAGCCCGAGUCUCGGUACGCACCGUCAUGUCCGUGGCAGCGGCCGAGGCGCUCCUCGUAAGCAGCAGCCUCUUCAUGUCCCGCCGCGUCUUCGGCUACAGCUUCAGCGACGAGAAGGAAGUGGUGGACUACGUGACCAAGAUGGCGCCAUUGCUGUGCCUGUCGGUCAUAAUGGACAGCCUUCAGGGUGUUCUUUCGGGUGUAGCCAGAGGUUGUGGAUGGCAGCAUAUUGGUGCUUACAUCAACCUCGGAGCGUUUUAUCUUUGCGGGUUUCCGGUGGGAAUCGUGUUAGGGUUUUGGACGAAUCUGAGAGGGAUGGGGCUGUGGAUUGGCGUGCUGGUUGGCGCGGUUGCGCAGACGGUGUUGUUGUUUGUUGUGACGAUGUGUACCAACUGGGAGAAACAGGCGAGCAAUGCUAGGAAGAUGAUUGUUGAAGGAUAGUGCGUUUGCAGUGAAAACGCUAGCUAGGGUGUUUUUUUUACUUUUGCUGUGAACUAGUAUAUUAGGGUAUUUUUAGAAUGUAACUUAGACUUUUGUAUUUAUAUAUUGUUGAGGAAUAUAUAUGACAAGAAAAGGGGAAACCAUGAAUAUCAAGAAAUAGAUUCCCACAACGUGCCUUUUUGUAGAGGAAUCAGAGGUGACACUGUUAGUAAAC